CAGUUUUGUAAUUUUUGUUACGUAAAGCAAUCAUGAAUUAUGUACAGUGAGAGACGUUCUCCCAACAGUGAUAAUUAGAAAUUUUAUUAGUGUUAUUUCGAAAGUUUUCGCUUCUAACGUGUUGUGGCUAUAUCACAUUGUUUAUAAUUAAUAACCGAAACGGAUCACAGCAGCAAGCAGAAUUCCAGUUACUUCUUCAAAGUCAUUUUUGGAAUCGGGAUUUGACACAGAAACAUCGAAACUUGCCUAAUCUGACAGUGUUAUGUGAUGAAAARCAAUUACUUGGACAAAAACAUCCUUCAUGUGCUACUGCUUCAUCUUUUCCUUAAAUCAGCUGUUGCUAUGCACGCAUGUAAUCAAGAAAAGAUAUUCUCAGACAUAGUCCAAGGUAAAGCCCUGGUCAACCAUACCUAUAAAACCCUGCAGUCAGUCAUCGAUGAUGAWGGUUGUCAGUUCUAUUGUUUCCUGGACGAUGACUGUAUCUCGUACAACUUUGAUGAACAACAACGAAUMUGUAACCUUAGCGACUCAGACCACAUCAUACACCCUGAAGACCUGGUGUACACGCCCAAUGCAGUCUAUAGGGCAUUGAAGAAUAACGGAAUUUCAUCGUGUCAAGAUAUCGCACGCUUACUAAGCGUUCGAGAAAACAAGGGCUACACAAUAAAGGUUGAUAACAAACUCACCAGAAUCUACUGCCAUUUGACUGAUGACAUAUGUCAAGGUGGGGGAUGGACGCUGGCCAUGAAGAUUGAUGGCUCAAAGGAUACUUUUGAGUAUAAGUCAUCUUUCUGGUCCAAUAAGGAAUCCUACRACAUGGCAGCCGGUCAAACCGGUUUUGAUAACUACGAAACCAAGAUGCCAAGUUACUGGGCGAUGCCUUUCGACAAACUGUGCGUUGGUUUCAAAGUGAAUGAUGUCCUUAAAUGGACUGUUAUCCCAUAUAAGGCUUCAUCUCUCUAUGACGUCAUUGCUGAUGGAAAGUAUCGAGCAACAAACAUCAGUAAAGACGAAUGGAUGUCCCUGAUUGACGGAUCCUCUCUGCAGCCAAACUGUAAUCAGGAAGGGUUUAACGUUCUUGGUCUUACGCGUCUUGGUAUUGCAUCAAACAACGAAAAAAACUGCGAAACUUGUGAUAGUGUUUUGGGCUUGGGAUUGCAUUACCACUCUACUAGGAAUAGUUAUUCCUCAGGGAAUUAUUGUGCUGCUAACACGCAAUGUAGUAAUAAUAAUGAUAAAAUAGCAGCCUUUGGAUUCUUAAUGAUCCAAUGACUCUUUCAGAGGUCCAUCAGAUAGAUGAAUAUUCCUUUGUGGGGUUAACUGUGAAUAGUAUGAAAUACCAAAAAUAGUAUAUAAUUUGCAUGUAGUUUUAAUAUCUGUCUGUCAAUUAGUUAUGUUCUCUUGACAUACGUAUUAGCAAUUGCUGAUUGGUUCUCACCCGGAUCUAUUGUUACCUAAACUCUAGAUCUGAUUGGUCAACAGUUGAUUGGUUUUUCUAUUUCAGUCAGGGAUUCUUAAGUAAAAUUGGCAGAUUUACCUGCUUAAGCUUAAAACUCCACCAGCUGAAUACCGCGUACGGUUUCCUGAAUAUGUGUGAAGUUUCCGACACUAUACAUAAAGCAUUUCUGUUAAAUUAUAUGCCUAGAAGCUUAGAGAAAACUACUAUUUAUCAUUCACAAAUUCUGUCAAGCAAUAAAUAUAAUGAACAAUGAUAUUUUCAAAUAAGUUCAAAAAAUAAGAAGCUGAACACAAUGGAUGAAGACUUCGCAGUUCUGACUGAUUUAAAGUCAGAAACUGUGUAAGAUACACAAAAUUACAUGUAAACGAGCUCAUUUAGGCAAUUUCUAUGAGCUAGGUGUAAUUGUACCACAUGUACUAUUUAAUAGUUACCAACAACCUCUAACAAUUUGUGGAUUAUCUAAUAAAACAUAUAAUAAUU